AUGCGCUUGGUUUGGGUAGCACUGGUUGUGCUGUGGCUGGAGGUGGUGGAUGCGAUGCAGUAUCGCAAUCAGCUCUACAUUUUUCAGCGAAUUGCCAAGGAGAUGUACCCAACCCAGCGGGUCGAGCAGAAGGAAACGGUUGCUUUGCUCAAGUAUCUCUUUCGCGAUCCAGCUUGGCAGGAUCGUGCCGCUUACAAGCCGAUUGAUGAUUUCAUCCGGACCGGUGGUCUGAAACAUGGUGUUUACAUGUACGAAGAUCUGGCGUACUCGCGGCCAGCCAUGCAGACUCUGCGUCGACGACUCCUCAAAAAAGCCAAACGCCGAUUCGGGCUCGGCGACGAGUUGCUGGUCGAACCACCCAACAUUGUGAGAGUCGAUGCUCCAGGUCGUCUGCCUGGAUUCGCUGCUCUCCCGCAUCCCCUCACGCAGCACGAGGUGAUAGCACACGUGGGUGACGCAUAUAAAUAUUCGCACCGCUUCGAUGCCGAACACACCAUUCACGGCGACAGUCCGUCAUCCUGA